GAGUCCUGCGCUCGUCAGGGAAGCGAAGGUGCGGCUCACUCGCAGGCGCACCGCUCGGUUGCGCUCAGUGCGCGCGCGCCCCUCGGCCACAUGCACUAGCCGGGACCAUGGAUGCGAGCCUCUACCAGAUCAUAUUCGGGGAGCUGGCGGACUUAAAUUGCACUUUGCUGGACGCCUUUCAAGACACUUUAUGGGGAAACGCGUCACUUUCAUAUUUGAACACCGACGGUUUCUACUGUAACGCCACCACCGAUGAGAUUGGCACCUGCUGGCCACGGAGCAGCAUCGGGAGGAUUGUGGAGAGACCCUGCCCUGAGUACAUUAAUGGAGUCAAGUACAACAGCAACAGGAGUGCAUACAGAGAAUGCACCGAAAACGGCACAUGGGCGCUAAAAAGCAAUUAUUCAAACUGUGUUCCCAUGUUAGAGGAAAAGAGAAUGUAUCCAGUGCAUUACAAGAUAGCGCUGAUCAUCAACUACCUGGGCCACUGCAUCUCUGUGGGGGCGCUAUUAGUAGCCUUCAUCCUCUUCCUGUGCUUAAGGAGCAUUCGGUGUUUGCGCAACAUCAUCCACUGGAACUUAAUUACCACCUUCAUCCUGAGAAACGUCAUGUGGUUCCUGCUACAGCUCAUUGACCACAACAUCCACGAGAGCAACGAGCCUUGGUGUCGCCUGAUGACCACCAUAUACAACUACUUUGUGGUCACCAACUUCUUCUGGAUGUUCGUGGAGGGCUGCUACCUGCACACGGCCAUCGUGAUGACCUACUCCACCGAUAAGCUGCGCAAGUGGGUCUUCCUCUGCAUCGGCUGGUGUAUACCGUGUCCCAUCAUAAUAGCCUGGAGCAUUGGGAAGCUGUAUUAUGAAAAUGAAAAAUGCUGGUUCGGGAAGGACCCCGGCAAAUACAUCGACUACAUUUACCAAGGGCCUGUCAUUCUUGUGCUACUGAUAAACUUUGUUUUCCUCUUCAAUAUCGUCCGAAUCCUGAUGACCAAACUAAGGGCGUCGACGACCUCAGAAACCAUCCAGUACAGAAAGGCCGUGAAGGCCACGUUGGUUUUGCUUCCUCUGCUGGGCAUCACCUACAUGCUCUUCUUCGUCAACCCGGGCGGGGACGACAUCUCGCAAAUCGUCUUUGUCUAUUUCAACUCCUUCCUGCAGUCGUUCCAGGGCUUCUUUGUGUCUGUCUUCUACUGCUUCCUUAACGGGGAGGUUCGCUCUGCAGUGAGGAAACGCUGGCACCGCUGGCAAGACAAUCACGCCCUGCGGGUGCGAGUGGCGCGGGCCAUGUCCAUCCCCACGUCCCCGACGCGAGUCAGCUUCCACAGCAUUAAGCAGACCACCGCUGUGUGAACACUCCCACACACAUGCUCGCGCACACUCUGGCUAAUGCGCGAGACGGGGACCAGCAGCCGCACAUAGACGCACUCAUGUGGUCAUUGGCUGUAAUGGCAAAUUGCUGUCCAAAGGUCAUUAUGUCAAGAGCUGGGACCGCUGACCAGGGUCAAGCACGUUCAUUGGUAGUUGUGGUCAUUAACUCAUUUACUGCCAGCCGUUUUCAAAGCAGAGUUCCCCGCAUUGCCAGCCAUUUUGGAGCAUUUCGACUGAUCUUUCAUGACUCGCGUGAUACUGUGUUCUGUGUUAAUAUACAGGAACCAGACCUACCAAAAGAAAGAGUACCGGAAGACUCUCUUCUUUCAGUUGAGAAAAGGUUUGUGUCUGGCUUUUUAAGUUCUUUAGUAUUCAGCGGUAGAACAUGGGUCGGUUUCACCAAGCACAUACUGUAACAUGAAAUGAAACAUGUUAAAGAGAAUGGUGACUUUGAUGCUACUAUUUUUGUCUUAUGUGAAACCAAGAAAUUACAAAAUAAACCAAACACAACUGUGAAAGGG